UUUACCUAAUGAUGCGGGGUGUUUAGAAGUUGAAUCACGUGUAGUUGAAAAACAUGUAGGCUCAGGAAUGACCAAUAUACAGUUUGCAUCUAUCGAUGCUCGAAACAAAAUUUAGGCUACCCUUUUUACCUUCUGUUCUACAAUAGAGGGGAUUUUUUUAUAUAUUACACACACGCAAAAGGUUUCCACUGUAACUUCUGCAACAACAAAACUGAUGUCUACGUUAUUUUCUUGAAGAAAAUCUUAAUCCAAACGUGUAGGAGCAUGGUGAAUUUAACAGACAUUUCCCCUCUCGCAGCCAGUGGUUUAGUCCACCUAUUUUAAACCCCUCAACCAAACGGUUUUCUGGCUUCCCAGCUCUCCACUAGAAACAGCUGAAGACAUCCACCGUGGUGAAGACGGAGGAUUUAACACAAGACGCCAACAAUAUUAUACCUCGCCGUCGCUGCAUAAAACGAGCAUUUGCGUUCACAGAUGGCCAUGGACGGACUGAGCAACAAUAAGAGCAUGUCAUACAGUCGAUGGAGUUAUGACAGCACCUUGGAUGAUGAGGGCACGAACCUGCGACAACAGAAGCUGGAUAGACAGCGAGCUUUACUGGAACAGAAGCAGAAAAAGAAACGUCAGGAGCCCCUGAUGGUGCAGUCUAAUCUGGAUGGGCGCUCUCGAGUGCGGCGGACCCGGCAGUCGGAGGAACAGGCUCCCCUUGUGGAGAGCUACCUCAGCGGCAACAGCAGCAUCAUCUACCACGUACAAGAAGCAGAACAGGAAGAAGUUAAAGCCGUAGCAGAGGUUCAGGCCCCUCGCUCGGCUAAAAAAACCAAGCCGCCUACCUCCACUCCUCAGACUGGCAGCGCCAAGAAGGAGAAAAAAGGAAAGCACAAAGGAAUUGAUGGGCCUGCUGCCUUCCAGGAUGAGGGUCAAGAGCUGGGCAACCAGAUUCAGAUCCUGACAGUGGGCCACUCACCUGCCCAGGAGAGCGAGGCAGAGGGCCAGGGUGAGGCAGUGGGCAGCACACAAUCACAGGGCAAACAGGACCUACGGGUCACCAUGCUGAAGAAAGGAAUCUCCAGUAGCAUGAACUUUGAUGAAGACGAUGAUGAAGAUGAUAUGGUCAGCUCUAGUUCAUCUCAGCUCAACAGCAACACAAGGCCUGGAUCUGCCACCAGCAAAAAGUCCAGCAAGGAGGCGACCUCAGCUUCCACCCCAUUGGCCAAUGAGCCAUCCAUCGAUGUGGAUGACCUGGAGGAGUUCAUUCUCAGACCCGCACCACAAGGGGUGACUGUGAAAUGCCGGAUCACACGAGAUAAGAAGGGCAUGGACAGGGGCAUGUACCCCACUUACUACCUCCAUCUGGAGAGAGAGGACGGCAAGAAGGUUUUCCUUUUAGCCGGGAGGAAGAGAAAGAAGAGCAAAACAUCCAAUUACCUCAUCUCCAUCGACCCUACUGACCUAUCACGGGGCGGCGAGAGCUUUAUUGGCAAACUGAGAUCGAACCUUAUGGGUACCAAGUUUACGGUAUAUGACAGCGGUGUGAACCCAGUCAAGACCACCUCCAGCCUAGAAGCAGGGAAUCUACGACAGGAGCUUGCCGCAAUCUGCUACGAAACUAAUGUUUUAGGGUUCAAGGGGCCGCGAAAGAUGAGUGUCAUUAUUCCUGGAAUGAACAUGGACCAUGAAAGAGUCUCAAUAAGGCCUCGAAAUGACCAUGAGUCUCUACUGGCUCGAUGGCAGAACAAAAGCACUGAGAGUGUGAUAGAGCUUCACAACAAGACACCUGUGUGGAACGAUGAUACGCAAUCAUAUGUGCUUAACUUCCAUGGCAGGGUCACCCAAGCAUCUGUCAAAAAUUUUCAAAUCAUUCAUGACAAUGACCCGGAUUACAUUGUGAUGCAGUUUGGUCGUGUUGCAGAGGACGUCUUCACAAUGGACUACAACUACCCCAUGUGUGCCCUGCAGGCGUUUGCUAUUGCUCUGUCCAGUUUUGACAGCAAGCUAGCCUGUGAGUAACUAUCUCUCUCUGCCAGCCACAAGCUCGAAAGGACCCAGACAGACUGCUUUACAAUCCCAAUCACUGAGUAAAGGGCUGCAGUGAACUCCAAAGCAGCAGGGUCCCUCUCUCAAGAUGCUCCAUUGGAGGCAUGAAUGCGUAUCGAGUUUGUGUCUUCUUGUGUGAAUGUGCGUGAGCAAAGUGGCAUUUCCGCUUUAUAAAAAGAAAGUUGGGGGAAAGCACAAAGACUUCAAAGCUCUAACUUGGAAGAUUAAUAAGAAGAGGAUGCAUUCAUUUGAGUCAACAGUCAAAAAUCUCCUACUCGCUUUCUUUACUUAAUUGUCAAGGUAAAACUAACAUUUUGCUAAUGUUAAAAGAAGGAUAUUUUACAGUAGUAUUUUUGUCCCUAAGAUUAAAAACAAAAAUAAUUUUUCCAUGGUCAUAAUUCUAAAAGAAUUAAUGUUCACUAACCUAUCAAUUAUGAGAUUUCACAAGAAAUAUAACAUGUAGCUGUGAUAUAACAGUUUGGGUAUUUGAUUUAAUGGACUUUUGUAAAUGACUUUUACAUGUGACAUUUCUUCAGUUAUACGUCACUUGUGUCAUUCAACAUGCCACUUAAAUGUGUAACGUAUCAAAUCAUGCUUCACAAGGACUCCAAAGCCAGUAUGAAGUAUGACAGUCUGACAUAUUUAACCACUAUUUAUGAAUUUAUAGAUUUUCAUACCAUCUGCUGCUUGUCUUACCCCAUAAUUCACCGUGUUUCAAGCACAAAGCUUGACCAAGGUACCUUCACAUUCAAGCUUUUGGUGCAAAUUUCUUAAAAUUCAACUGAUGAAUGUGUGACAAUUCCACAAAAAAUAGAUAUAAUUAUUUAUGACUUUAUGUACUCCUGGAUGGUUUACAUACAUAUUUAAGAAAACAUGAGAUCCAAAAAUGCUUUUUAUAUCACUUGAACAAACCAAAAUUAAUGGUUUGCCAUAUACAGGUCCACACCAGUAGCACUAGUGUGAUAGCACCUGAAGUCCUGCAUGGUGGAAGAAGUGUGUAAUAAGGGUCAAUAUCAGGGUAAGUACAUUAUCAUCUCAUACUGACCCACUACAUGUGUAGGGGAAUGUACUGAGCACUUUAUUCAAAGAUUAAUGGUGGAAAGCUGUAAAUAUCGUGCCUUGGGAUGAAACACUUGUGAUGCUUGAAGUUGGUAAGAUGCUACAUUGUUUUAUUCAGCCAGUGUUGUUUGUCAUACAGGUAAUUUUAAGCUUCUGUCUUUGUUCUUGAAAACAACCUGUACAUUUCCAGAAUACUGGGUUGUAGCUUACCAGAAAGAUCAGCUUUAGUUGCCUGCUUGUGGAGUAGCUGAUUUUCCAGAACAGAGUCAACUACAUGUACAAUGAAGCGAUUAAGCAUGGUUUACAUGCACUUUUACAUUUUUCUAUUUCUGGCUACAUUAAUAAUUUGUCAUGGAAACACUUCAGUCCAAUUCAAAUUGAACUGGUUAGAUGUUGCAAAGUUUGACUACCAGAACUUGAUAAAGUUAUUUAAGCUUGAUUAUAACUGUCCAUGUAAACAUAGUGAGCAACACAGUUUGUUCAAUCAUCUAUGAAAUCUGCUGCAUGAGGGUAGUUGUGAAAAUGUGGAUGAAACAAAGUGUCAGAGUGGAAUUUACACAAAACUCAAAUCAUCAUCUUUAACUGUACUGAAGCUUGUAGACUUCUGUCUUUGCUAAACAGUGCUGAUUAAUGAAAAAAAGGAAAUAAGGGAAGUUGUAUUAUCAGUGUGGCAAUCUAAUAAGAAAUAAAUAGUCUUGGAUACGUAUGUAACCCUUGUUCCCUGAAGGAGGGAAUGGAGAUGUCACAUUAUGACCGACAAAUUGGGAUCUCACUUUGAGAGACAAAUCUAAUUUGAAUGUAAACUUAAAGAGCCAAUGGACAUUGGAAUGCGAUGAUUGCAUCCAGCUGCUGCUGAUCACAGCAUCAGCAUAAAAAGGCAGCCGGUGCAAAGCAUACCAGGUUUUCGCUGUGGAGGCAAACUGGGAACCCAGCCGCUCAACAGUUCAGCAGCUGUGGUGAUGUGGCGUGACAUCUCCAUUCCCUCCUUCAGGGAACAAGGGUUACAUACGUAACCGAGAAGUUCCCUUUCAGUCAGUCACUAUGAGUCAUGUCAUGACUGAUGAAUUGGGAUCCCUAUCAAAGUGCCAUGGAUGCUGCCCCUUCCAUUGUCCUGUGCGAGCCUCCUGUGCCACUUUUUGGUGUAGGCAGGGGCUCACAACAAGAAGACCAUUCACCUUUGUUCUUAGCACUACCCACUCAGUGAUAUUGGAUAACACUGGGAAAACUUACCUUUUCCACUUGGAACAGGAACUUGAGAAAGCCCCAUCCUUCCCGAAGGAGGUUUCAGAAGCACUUACACAUAUGAACAACAGUUUAGAUGUAUAUGGAACAAUAAAGGUGAUUGUAACCCUCUUAGAAAAUGGCUGAGAGUCUGCUGGGGAAACACGGGCUAUACUGUGGACUUAACACAUAUGGGAUCCGCUUAGGUCUCUGCAUAUGGAACCCAGCCCUCUACUGGAUCUCAUGGAUUCAUCCUGUGAGAACACAGGAGGAAACCGGCUCCACGCGAAGUCUGUACCAUCUAGCGAACUUGUUGGGGGUUGCCCAUUCUGCAGCUUUACAAAUAUCUGCCAGCAAGGUGCCACAAGCCAGCGCCCAGGAGGAUGAAACACUUCUAGUAAAGUGAGCUCGCAAUCUGAACGGGCAGGGCACACCUUGUGCCUGAUAGACCAGGGUGAUGGCAUCCACUAUCCAGUUGGCCAUCCUCUGCUUAGAGAUGGCAUUUCAGUGCAAGCAGGAAUAGAGUUUUUAUUGAUCGAAACUUCAGCUCAACUAAUUCCAAAGGCUCAAAUUGGCACCUCUUGUAGUGCUUUGAGCAAUAGAGACAGGUCCCAAGAUGGGGGUCAGGCAGGAUUUAACCUUCUCGCCCCCCUAAGGAAUCUGAUGAACAGGUCAUGCUUCCCUACCGAUUUACCUUCCGAGGGGUCAUGGUUAGCAGCAAUCACAGUGACAUAGACUUUAAGGGUGGAGGGAGACAGCCUUCGCUCUAACCCUUGCUGCAAAAAGGAAAGCCUUGGUCAGGCGUUUCUAGGGGUCUUAUCAAUGAGAAGAGCACAACUCCGUCAACAGAUUCCACUUCAAGGUGCUCUCACCAGAGUGAUGGUGGAAAGGAAGAUGUGGCUAGCAACAAGACCAUCUUAUCGGUUUAUGUACACAAAAGUCACUUUGUUGUCCGUUAGGACCAGAACAUGUUUGCCUUUUAAGCGCCCUUUGAGACAGUUCAAGGCAAAGGCCCACAACAAACUACUCUAGGCAAUUGGUAUGCCAGUGCAGUUGGGAUGGAAGGAUGCACCCGAAGAUGUGUUUCUGCAUCAACAUCUUGAACAGUAACCGGUGAAGGGCCUUGUUCAAGACAUUAGUUACCCACUGCCUUUCUUGGGUAAGGUGAAUUACUGAGUGUAAAACCCCAUCCACACUGGACUGAAAAGGGUUCUGAGUGUGCGGUGCGAUGCUCACCUAGUUCCACUGUUUGGCAGAGGGGGCAAGAGUAGGGCCAUUGUUGACGCUCUCAAAUUGCCCGCUGCUGCCUGCUGGUGACAGAGGAGAAUUAGUGUGGUCCGGUAUUGAUCCGUUUGUGACUCUCUGUGCCCUCCUGGGACCAAGAGAUGUUGAGAAUUCAGGUGCCAUUGACUAUGCAGCCAACGGUGGGGCAAAACAAAACAAAAGAUCCUUCUCCCAGCCCUCCUACAGGGGAGGGAGUGGUGCGGUCACCAUCUUCCAAAGAGCAGUUCCCUCCAUCUCUGGGUGGCCUCAGGGCCGUGUGAUCUUCCGCUUACUACCAGGUUUGACAGGGGGGCCUGGAGGGGUGGGGUCUUAGGUCGCAACUGCAUCGCUACCGACCGUUCCAACGGGGGGAUCGGCAUAUACCCCCUAACUAUACCCCCGUCGAGGGUGGUGAGGGAAGAAGAACCAGUUUCCGGCAGUAAAAGAUGCUGUUCAUGACUAGUGAGCUACUCAUGCACCUCCAGGAAAAAAAAAAGCACCCGGGCGGGGUGAUGAGCACCGGUGCGAGCAACCCAGAGAAAACAAUCGUCCAACCUCGAGGCCUGGGGACACAGUGAAGGUUGCCACUUGAGCCCUACCCUCUCGGCAGCCCGUGAAAGCAUAGCUAACAUCUCUGGACUGAUUUCAGGCGUUGCCACAAUCCCGGAGGGCAGCAACACAGCUGAAUCUUCCUCUCCAGAGAGCUCUCCCUCUGGUGCAGUAAUCAACAUCCGUUCGUCGAGAGGAGCACCGAAGAAUACCGCAGGUACGUUCUUCGAAUAGGGCCCAGCUUGUUCUUUGGCUGCUCAACUGGUUGCAAAGUGCUGGAGGAGUUGUGGGGUGAGUAAGGGUUUGCUACCACUUUAACCCUCAUACCGCCUGAGAAGUAGUCCUCACCAGGCUGCUGCCUGGAGGAACCCUAGAUCAUGGCAGAGGCAACAGAGCUCUGCUCCCCUGGAAGUAACAGAGCCUGGUCCGCAGUUCCCCGAUGGUUAUCUUCCUGCAAUGGUAACAUGACUCAUACAAGAAUGCUACUUAUGCAUGUUUAAUUCCCAGACAUGUGAGGCAGUGAUUGUGGCCAUCACCCGGUGCCAGGUAACGAACGCAUCCAGAAAUACACAGGGGAAAAAACAUCUUUAAAUGAUGACCUGUCAUCUUUACAAAAACGUACUCGUGUACUCUUUUAGACUAAUAGGCUCUUUCAGGAAAUGCUCUUUUACAUGUUGAGAUGCACAGGUGAAUUUGCCUCUUGCAGCAUGACAGGUCAUAAUACAGCCUGAAGUAUGCAACCCACUUGACACAGGAAUGACCACAGUUGAAGCGCCGUCCGCCAACACAAAAAACUCCCUAGAGUGUGCUAAACUCGUCGUCACCAUGAAAAAAUUGGUAGGAGCAGAAUGAUGUUAGCGCUCAGCUCUGAAGCAAAAAGCUGGUAUGCAUUUUUAUGUUCAAACUGUGAUCAGCGGCAGCUGGAUGCAAUCACUGCAUGCCAAUGUCCAUUGGCUCAUUCAUUUUAGACUUGAAGUAGAUUGGUCUCUUGAAGCGAGAUCACAAUUUGUCGGUCACGACCUGACUUGUAGGGACUGACUUAAAGGAAAAUCCUAAUUCAAAAUCCUGCUGUACCUUAAAGCCAAACUAUUAAAGUGUUGUAAAAGUCUUCAGAUGGCCACACAGAUUUACUAGAUCUGCUCUGUGGAGAUGCAGAGCAUUAGCAUGAUUUGCAGUUUAUUUUUAUUAUACUAUUUUUUCAUUUGUCAAAUG